GCCUCUCUGCGUUUUUUUUUUUUUUCCUCGGGGACUGUCCGCAGGAAAACUGGAGAUCAUUUUCGCUUUGCGCAGUUUGCUCGUCCUCGUCAUAACAUGCGGUAUUGUCUGUGUGAAAAUUCUGCAUGUACUUUGGAUUAAAAGGGUGUCCGACACUGAAAUGUCUCACCAUUGGAAAUGCAGCUCCACGCCUGUCUGUUGCUUUUUGUCAUCACAACAGAUAAAACACUGGCCUUUUCAUAUCAUCACUGUGGUGGAAAUGUCAGCUUGGGCGAAGAGACUGCCGGUCGCAUCAAUCUCACUUUACCUGGACUUUUUACUAACAGCAGCAGGCUCAACCCCGUGAACCAGGAGCCUGACAAACGCUUACAGCUUUCAGCUUGCACUUGGGUGAUAGAUAUUCCUCUGGGGAGGCAGGUACUCUUAAAGUUGGCAUGGUUGGAAAGUGGUUCAAGCUUAUCUGUGCGCUGUGUCUGGAAUGAAGAAGAUGAAGCCUUGGUGAGCGGGGGCAUGGCUCUGCUCUCUGGCUGUGACAGAAACAAAGCCACCCUCAGUUGGACAGGACCAGGACACUCUUUAGAUGCAGUUCAUCUGGCUUAUUAUGUCCAGGAAAAUGAGAGGAAUUCCUCGGAGGACCACUCAACCCACCAUCCGGAUCGAGACCCCACUCGUUGGUCUCCAACAGGAACCAGCUUUACGAAUACCGCUCCUGUUGGUCAAGAGCGGACGAUGGGCACAGAGGAGGGCAGAGGUCGUGUCUAUAACAGUCUCGAGUGGAGUUCUGCGCCUCCGUCUGUGUCUAGUGCCUCCUCUCAGGACCAGAGGCUGCUGAACCCCACCUCACCCAUGCAGGGACUCCCUGUCGCUGGGAGAACUGAUAGGGAAACUCUCCCUCUUCCUGAGGAAAAACCAAACAAUGGGCCGGAAAAAUCUGGAGCUGCUCACCGCACUGAUGCUCCCAUGACUGCCAGAGAGACAACUCACACGUAUUUUCAGAAUGCACUCAGCACAAACCCUAAUUCAAACACACCCCCAAACCCUACUGAAAAAGGCCUUCACACUCAGAUGGCAUUGACAGAUGCCAGUAGUUCAAAUGCCUUGUUUGGCACAGAUGUACAAGAACAUACAUCUGUUCAGACGUCUAAAAACACAAACAAAGAUGUCACCACACAAAUGGAUCAGAGCGUGUCCAGCUCCAGCGUUCCUUUUCUUACCUCUUCUCCCCCCGAGCUGCCUUCCUCCUGGACAGGUCAUACAGUCAUAACAGCACAUGGUGGAGUUGUUAGCGGGACAUCUGGACAUAAGGAUUCCUGGAGGAGCCCGAGAAGCACAGACACACAUGAUUCUGAGCUGACCUUUUCCAUCACCUCUGACCCUUUAAAAUCAUCCAUCAAACCUCUUCAGGAUGAUUUAAUUAGUGCACAAACCCACACUGAACCCACUUCAUCAUCAUCAUCAUCAUCAUCAUCAUCAUCAUCAUCAUCAUCAUCAUCAUCAUCAUCAUCUUCAGAAGUUCCCACCAGGACUCAUUCAUCUAACACCUACAUCACGGAGCUCGACGGUGCUGUUGGCACUGUGGAGGCUGAUCCAGUUCAUCCAAACAUAAGUCAGAGUAACUCCUUUGUAACUGUUGCAUCAGAUGUUACUGCUCAGACUGUCACAUCUGAGUUGCCUGAUAAGUUUGAGCACACAGAGGUGAUGUUCCCUUCUUCCACACAGAGUCAAACAGACUCUCCUCAAAGCACAGAGAGCCCCACACACUCUAUUUACAUAUCUUCGUCAUUCACGCAGACAGACAAAGAGACACAAACAGCAGUUGAAAGUACACAAAGAAAUUUCAUUUACACACACAUGACUGGGAACACUACCCCUUCCUCGCCUGGCACUACUAAGGCUUACGGUUGGACUUCGGGCUUCACUGUUUUUUCUUCUAAACCCAGAGCAGCGCUUACCAUGGGAGGUGUAACCGAAAACUCGGCCAUCACAGGAACCACUGGAGCAACAUACGCGCUGUAUCCCACUCAUACGCUCUUACAUGACAACUCACCCACAGAUUCACCUACUACUGUUCCCCUUUCAUCAUCCGCCACAUCAACAGACUCAUCUACACCUUCAUACACACGCCAGACACACAGCAUGUUUGUUGAUAGUUCACAACCCACUUUAACCACCUCUGUGUCUCAGUCCACCGUGCACACAGUCUUUUUCAAGAGCAAAACCACGCCUUCACCCCCCCAAAUGUCGCCUCAUACACUCAGUCAUCUGCCUUUGCCGACUUCUACUAAUAUCUUGCCAACACGUAAGCAUUUCCAAAGCAUUAUUACUACUACACAUACUCCUCUGCCUUCUACUAAAACAUCAGAUGAUGAAGUAAAAGUAGAGGAGGAGGACAGGUUCUGGCAGUGGUUUCCCAGCAGCACCACACCCCCUUGGAGCUCCACAAACAGUCCCAAGUUCUUCAUUGUGCCAGAUCAGCCUGCUGCCAUCAAAGUGGAGUCAGUGGAGCUGCUGCUGCAGAUAGUUGUAGAAGAGCCCGUAUUGGCUUUAAAUGUCGACUUGGAGAAUGACACUACUGCCUGGGUGAAGCCCUACCUACAGAGAGCCCCGGGGUUCAGCAGGCUGCUGGGAGUCUGGAGCAGCGGCCGUGCAGUGCAGAGUCUGGUGGAGUUCAAAACCAGCAGGGCUCUGGAGUGGCUCAGCAUGACGGAACCCACGUCACUGCUGGAACGAACCGGACUAGCCCAGGCCGUUCGCAACAAGAGGACGUUCAGGACAUCUAAGAUCACCAACAUCACAGUCGGAGGUCUUCAGGGUGACAUCUGUGACUGGUUGCUACAGUGCCCUGCAGGUUAUAAGUGUGUUUCCCAGCCUGGCACCACCAACUAUAGCUGUUCUUCCGUUUGCCACUUUGACUACUGCCACCAUCACGGCAUCUGCACACACCAUCCAGCCCAGCUUCCAGUUUGCCGCUGCCUUGCAGGCGAUGACUUCUGGUUCAUGGGUCAGAGGUGUGACAUGAGGAUGACUCGCGCGCGUCUUGUGGGUGCAUGUCUCGCCAUCCUGCUCAUCAUGGUGACAGUCAUCGGCAUUCUGGCAUUUGUGGCAGUGCGGCGCUAUCGAGCAAUUCUGAUCCAGGCCAAAGUAGACCAGACGCGCAGCAGCUAUCGCAGAUUCAACCACUUCGAUGAGCUGUCGGGUCGCUUCUGGCUGCGCUCGUGGGCGGGGUCGGCGGACUCGUUGGACAAUCCUGCCUUCACGCGCUCCGAUGAGUUACUGCAUCUGCGAGCGCUUGACCGCCCCUGCUGUUACCAUGACGACACGCUGUCACUGGCUUCUACCUGCCCCAGCCAUGGAACACGCAUCAACACAAUCUACCCCCACAGCUCCCAGUAUGGAUGGAGGGGCAGUGAGAUGAGUAUGGGGGACGGUGUGCUGGAUUCGGGGAAGGCCAGCGAUCUUUCUGUGUGUAGCUGGCCUGUGGAACCCAUUCACUGGACUCCAUUUCCACUUCUGCAACAACUGGCCUCUCACAGGACACCCACGGUCAGGGUGUCACGACCACGGUCCUACUGUGAAGGCAUGGAGCUGGUAGACAUGGGGAAGAGCUGGACUGCUUGAUGUCCACAUGGAGAAUCCAGUCUGUUCUGAUACUGUUUCAGUUUUAUUAUAUUGUAAAGCUCAAAUAUUUGUGUUUUGUUAAUAAAGUAAAGCAAUAAGUGUAAUAAUGUGUACAUAUUUCCUUUUUUUUGUAAAGAUUAAAUC